AUGCUCGUCACCAAUCCACUCAUCAACAAUGCUGCUGCUGCAGCGGUAUCGUCUACUACCUCUCUUCACCACAAUAACAAUAAUGCCAGCCGCGGCGCCUUUAUAGUCAUGGAAGGAGUGGACCGCUGUGGCAAGACGACGCAAUGCGGACUACUACUGGACCAACUGCGCUCGGACAACAUUCCCGCCGUGGCGAUGCGAUUUCCCGAUCGCACCACGGCCAUUGGUGCCAUGAUUAACCAGUACUUGACAGGUGGAACCGAUCUGGACGAUCGCGCCAUUCAUUUGCUCUUUACCUGCAACGGGAGAGCCAUUGUCCUUGGAAUGGUGCAACAAUCCGACGUGGGAUUGCCCGCUCCCGACGCCGUCAUUUUUCUAGACUUGUCUCAGGAAGAAGCCCAACAACGAGGAGGAUACGGAGAGGAACGAUACGAAACGAAAGAUUUACAAAUUCGCGUCCGACAGCGAUUUCAGAAAUUGCAGCAAUUGGACACGCAAGUGCCGUGGCAUGUCGUGUCGGCGGCUCAAUCCAUUGAAGAGGUACAAGCCGAUAUUUCCAAGAUUGUGGAAAAAACAAUGGCACAAGCCAAACACAAAAAGCUGGGCAAAUUGUGGCAAGAGGGAGAUUAUGUUGCCGCCUGCAUGCAAGAGAAAAAUAAGAACAACGAAGAAGACGAAGAUAGCGAAAAGGAGAAUUAG